AUGGGUCAUAAAAGAAAACACUAUUGCUUUCUCAUGAUCUUCACCAUGUUGGCCUUUAAUUUUGUGGCAACAUUGGGUGACACAUAUGAACAAAUUUUGAUCACGUUCAAAAGCUCCUUGUCCAAUUCGGACAUUGCUUUGAGUAAUUGGGGCACGGAGCCAAAUCUUUGUAAAUGGAAUGGUUUAUUGUGUGACAAGAAAACACAAUCAUUUCAUGGGUUGAGACUAGAGAAUAUGGGACUAAGUGGGAGAAUUGAUGUUGACACAUUAUUUGAGUUAUCAAAUUUGACAAGCUUCAGUGUCAUAGGAAAUAACUUUGAGGGUCCAAUGCCUGAAUUCAAGAAGAUUGUGUGGUUAAGAGCUUUGUUUCUUUCUAAUAACAAAUUCUCUGGUGACAUUGCUGAUGAUGCUUUUGAGGGUAUGAAAAGAUUGAAGAAGGUGUACUUGGAAGAGAAUGAGUUGAGUGGUUAUAUUCCAAAGUCCAUUGCUGAAUUGCCUAAGCUUUUGGAAUUGAACUUAAGUGGUAACAGUUUUGAAGGACAAAUACCAGAGUUUCAUCAAAAGAAUCUCAGCUUUAAUGUGUUUGAUUUAUCAAACAACCUAUUGGAGGGUAUCAUACCCCAAAGCUUAAGCAACCAAGAUCCAAUCCGAUUUGCUGGCAACAUAAAUCUAUGUGGAAAGCCUAUGAACAAGAGCUGCAACGCCGAUCCUAACGUGACCUUUGACUCCCCUUCUCCUUCUCCAAAUGCAAAGAACCGCCGCAAUCUUAUAAUUGCUAUCACGGUGGUGGCCGCGGUUGUGGUUGCUUCAAUGCUAGUACUUCUUUUCAUCUCCGGCCGCCGCGGAUGGCCCACGAAAUCAAGCAAGAGGCUAAAAUCAACACCCCAUAAGAAUCACUCAGCCUACUAUAGUGCACAAUCAUCAAUUGAUGUUAAGGGAGAGUUGAAUUUUGUAGGGGAAGAUAGAGGGAAAGCAUUUGAUUUGCAAGGGUUGCUUAGGGCUUCAGCUGAGGUACUUGGUAGUGGAAGUUUUGGUUGUACCUACAAAGCUAUGGUUGUGAAUAAUAAUAGUGGUAAUGAAGAAGCAGUGGUUGUGAAAAGGUUUAGGCACAUGAACAAUGUUGGGAAACAUGAGUUCUAUGAUCAUAUGAGAAGGCUUGGGAGUUUGUCACACCCUAAUUUGCUCCCUCUUGUUGCAUUCCACUAUACAAGACAAGACAAGUUUUUGGUUUAUGAUUUUGGUCAUAAUCAUAGCUUGGCUACUCAUCUCCACGGUAGGAAAAAUGGAUGCAUGCUAACUUGGCCAACUCGUUUAAAGAUCAUAAAAGGAGUGGCAAGGGGACUUGCAUAUCUCUACACACAAUUUCCAAACCAAAAAGUCCCCCAUGGCCAUCUCAAAUCCUCCAACGUCAUCUUGGACGCGGCGUUCCAGCCGCGUCUAACGGAGUACGGCCUUGUCCCGGUGAUGAACAAGAGCCAUGCUCAGAAAUUCAUGGCAGCAUAUAAGUCUCCUGAGUCAUCCGAGCGGACAACCGAGAAGACGGACGUGUGGUGUCUUGGCAUCUUGAUUCUAGAAGUGCUGACGGGGAAGUUCCCGGCGAACUAUUUAAGGCAUGGAGGGAAGGCUGAGAAUAAUGCUGACCUGGCAACUUGGGUGAACACGGUGGUGAGGGAAGAGUGGAGUGGAGAAGUGUUUGAUGAGGGCAUAAUGGGAAUUAAAAAUGGUGAGGGUGAGAUGUUGAAGCUUUUGAGGAUUGGGAUGUGUUGUUGUGAGUGGGAUUUGGAGAGUAGGUGGGAUUUGAAGGAGGCUUUGGCAAAGAUUGAAGAGGUCAAGGACAUUGGGGAAGAUAAUAAUAAUAAUAUUAAUAAUUCAAAUUCUUAUUCUUAUGUUAGUGAAGGAGAUUUGCAUUCUAGGGCUACUACUUUCACUCAAGACGAUUUCUCUUUCUCAAUUAUUGCUGCUACUUGA